AAAUUUGUUAGUAACAACAUUAUAUUAUACAUGAGGUAGUUUUGUAUUUUUUUAAAAUUUCGAAUUUGAACCAAAACACGGGUUACAUACUGAUGGGACUGAUUAUAAGUAGAUGAUCAUCCCACAAGUACCAGACGUGGAAACCAGUAGAAGAAAACAUACACACACUUCUCUCUUAAAGCCUUUUGCCCCCCCUUUCUUCUCGUAUCUUCUAAAGCAAAGCUUUUUCAGAAUGCCGAUCACCCGGAUUGCCAUCGGAAGGCCUCAAGAGGCGACUCAUCCCGACGCUCUCAAGGCGGCCUUGGCUGAGUUCAUCUCAACCUUGAUCUUCGUCUUCGCCGGUUCUGGUUCCGGCAUCGCUUUCAACAAGCUCACCAACGACGGCGCCACCACCCCCGCCGGCCUCGUCGCCGCCUCCAUCGCCCAUGCUUUCGGACUCUUCGUCGCGGUUUCCGUCGGCGCCAACAUCUCCGGCGGCCACGUCAACCCCGCCGUCACCUUCGGCGCCUUUGUUGGCGGUAACAUCACCCUCCUACGUGGCAUCCUCUACUGGAUCGCUCAGUUGCUCGGCUCCGUCGUCGCUGCCUUGCUCCUCAAGUUCGCCACCGGUGGCUUGGAAGUUCCCGCAUUUGCUUUGUCCGCCGGAGUUGGAGCAUGGCAGGGAGUUGUAUUCGAGAUCGUCAUGACAUUUGGGCUGGUUUACACCGUCUACGCCACCGCUGUGGACCCCAAGAAGGGCGAUUUGGGAACAAUUGCCCCAAUUGCCAUUGGUUUCAUUGUGGGAGCUAACAUCUUGGCCGGCGGGCCUUUCAGCGGUGCUUCAAUGAACCCGGCUGUGGCUUUUGGACCAGCCGUCGCCAGCUGGGCCUGGGCUAACCACUGGGUUUACUGGGUUGGUCCUCUCAUUGGUGGUGGGCUUGCUGGAAUUGUCUACGACCUCUUCUUCAUCAACACCACCCACGAGCAGUUGCCCGUAACCGAGUACUAAAACGGGAAACAUAAUGGAGCCUGAAAUUUAGGGGCUGUGUAUGUACUUUUUCUGGUCCUGAGAAUGCCUUGAUCUUUUGCUUUCUCUUUGUUUUUAUGGGUUUUUUUUUUUCCUCUUCAUGGAAUUUCGGUUGGAUGGAUCAUUGCCUGAUUAGAUAUGCCACUGUUGGUGUGUAAUGUUAGGACAUGAUGAAUCCGAUGUAAAUUGUUGAAUUUGUUGCCAGCUUUGUACUAUUCCACUUUUCAUCUAUGUGUUUAUGCAAGUUUCCAACAUUUCACCCGGUUUGAAUUUCAUUCGGGUUUUCGUGCAAAUCUUUUAAGUUUAUGAAAUGAUAUGAUUUGGAAAUUGUAUGUCUU